AUAGUUAUACUGUGCUCUAAUCUAUUGGAGCUCAAUAUCUGUUAUUCAAAAUCUACUACUAUAGUCACAUCAUUCACCUGAUAAUUGUUAUCAUAACUUCAUUGGCUCAUUUGGUACAGAUGAGUCAGCAUAAAUGUCUUCAUUAGUAAGGAAGUUAUCAAAGAAGACAAGUCACUCUACACAAGAGGCUGUGAUUAGAUUGACAAAUGUAGCCCACACUCCUUCUUCUUCUGCUUCUCCUCCCCCUCCUCCACUCCCUACAGCACAACCAUAUUCAUCAUUACUGCUAGUAAGACCAUCGACAAGAUCUAAUACAAAAUUAUCAGAUAAAACUAAAACAGAGAAACAUAAUGAUAACAUACAAGAUAUGAUUCAAAAAGAUGUCAUCAACAUUCACCUUUAUUGCAUUAUGGUCGCCUUGUCUCAUAUCAAGCCACAUGGGAAUCCAUGGAAGUAAACUUAUUAUUAUGAAAAAAAAUUUUAAGCAUUGUGAAUAUAAACUAAUAAUUUUUAAAACACACACUUCACACACGCACAAAGUGUUAUUAAUUAGACAUUGCCUUUCUCAGUAA